CUUCUUCGGCGGUUCCUCCCGACCAUGCCCGAGCCCGCCAAGUCCGCGCCCGCCCCGAAGAAGGGCUCCAAGAAGGCGGUGACCAAGGCGCAGAAGAAGGACGGCAAGAAGCGCAAGCGCAGCCGCAAGGAGAGCUACUCGGUGUACGUGUACAAGGUGCUCAAGCAGGUGCACCCCGACACCGGCAUCUCGUCCAAGGCCAUGGGCAUCAUGAACUCGUUCGUCAACGACAUCUUCGAGCGCAUCGCGGGCGAGGCGUCGCGCCUGGCGCAUUACAACAAGCGCUCGACCAUCACGUCCCGCGAGAUCCAGACGGCCGUGCGCCUGCUGCUGCCCGGCGAGCUGGCCAAGCACGCCGUGUCCGAGGGCACCAAGGCCGUCACCAAGUACACCAGCUCCAAGUGAGGCGCGAGCGAGCGGCCUGACUCCUGACCCAAAGGCUCUUUUCAGAGCCACCCA